AUGAUUGUGCAGUUCUUUUGGAUGCCUGCUCCUUACACUGAAGAGCACGUUUCUAUCAACCGUCGGCCUUCCCUUGAACCCCGCCACAACUCGAGCCACUUUGGAGGGAUGUUGGAAAAUCCCUCGACGGGGGAGAUAAUUACAAGUGGAACGGUCUUUAAACUCGAGACAUCGGAUCCUACAAACUUUCCUUUGCCGUCGCUCGAGUUGCUACAACUGCAAUGGAUUCUGCACCGUAUUGCAGCUCUUCGGGGAGUUACUAACUUGGAUAAAGAAGAUGGAGAAGAGGAAGAAGAGGAGGAGGAGGAAGAGGAAGAAGAAGAAGAAGAAGACGAAGAAGGCAGCUAUAAUAACUAG